AUGUCAAGUUCUAAGUAAGUAAGAUAAGAAGUUGAGAAACAAAUCAAAAAUUGUACCAUCAAGAAGCAAAAUGUCAAGAAGUUCUUCAAGUUAAUGAAAAAAUAGUAAAAGCAUUACCAGAUUUUAGAGUUUGCAGGAAAUGGAUCAUUUGCAUUAGUUUUAAAGGCUAUCAACAAAAAUACAGGCUAAACAGUGGCUCUUAAAGUUGUUGAAUGUGAUGAAAGCGACUUAAAAGGAAUGGAAGUUAUUCAAGAAGAGUACAAAAUGCUGUAGAUAUUCAGUGGUUGUAAGUACAUUAUCAAAGUAUUCAACAGUUUCUACCUUACUGAAAGCAUCGAUUCUGAUGAAGAUGAAGAUGAUAAUUAAAUUCCAGUAGAUUAAAGUAACAACUAAUCAAGCUUAUUGAGGAUAUUCUAUGUUAUGGAAUAGGAAUUUUGUCAAACUACCCUAGAGUCAUUCAUUGAUACUUGUAGGAAAAAAAAUAGCUAUCCAAGCUAAUAAAUGAAAGAAAUAAUGACAAUCUAAAUCUUAGAUUCUGUGGCCUUUUUGCACAGAUUUGAUGUUGUGCAUAGAGAUAUAAAGCCAUCAAACUUUUUGCUUAACUUUGAUCAAAACGGCAAUCCAACUCUUAAGCUAUGUGAUUUGGCUUUUGCAUCAGCUCUUCAGAAUAACGAAACCAUACUUUCUAUUUCAACUUUUAAAGGAUCUUAGGCAUACACUGCUCCAGAAGUAUAUGAGAAAGUAUACAAAAAACUGUCUGAUCUUUUCUCUGUUGGAAUUGUAUUGCUAGAGCUUGAUAAUAUUGCAACAUUUGAUAUCAAUAAGACAAAACUUUAAGAAAAGUUUGAAACAUAAAACGGAAGCAUCUUCACAAAUUUCAAUUUAGAUAGAUAAUCUCAUAUCUAUAAAAUAGCUGUGCAAUGCCUCAAUUAUGAUGUAAAUCAGCGUAAACCUGCAGUUGAGCUUCUGAUUUAGUUUAUCGUUUAGAACUAAUAGUACUUAAAUGUAGAAAUUUUUACAUUAGUAAAUAAAUCCCAAUUAAAGCAGAAAGCUCAAUAAUUUAGCCAAAUUUAAAUGAGCAUAGUAUAGGAUAAGAAGAAAAAAGAAGAUCAAAUCUUAGAAUUGUCUUAGAUUAAAAAUAAGGAUUUACACUUGGAAAAGCUUAUGAGCAAAUUCUAAUAAUUGGAAACUUAGCCUUUUAAAGAAUAAGAAUAUUACAUAAUCCUCAACAAUUUACAAAAUAUGAAUAAAUUUGAUCCAAAUUUUGAAUUCAUUUCAGUAGGUGCGGCUGGACUUGUUCUUGGCGUUUUCAAUAAAUCUUAAAACAGACACUCAGCCCUAAAGAUUUAAAGAGCUAAGAAAUAUGAAGUUGUUCGCGAAGUUGGAAUAAUGAGAGUUUGUUAAAUGCCUCUAGUAGUAAAAUUAUAUGACUAUUUUUACUUAAAUGUAAACACAUAAGAAGACUUUGUUGUUUAUGAGUUAGAAAAAUGUUCUGGCAACUUAAAACAAUUUCUCAAUAACUUAAAGAAGUAAAAUAAAGAGUUAGAUGAAGACCAAAAGAUAAAAAUAGCUAUCUAAAUCAUGGAUGCCAUUAAUUAUCUUCAUAUUCAUGAAAUUGUUCAUAGAGAUAUUAAAUUAGAAAACUUACUCUAUAUUGAUCAAGAUCCUGAAAUACCAACAAUUAAAUUAGCUGACUUCGAUCAAGCGAGAAAAAUCCCCAAAAAUGAUAAUUUGGAUUUUGGAGAAAUUGUUAGUGAAUAUUUUACUAUUGAAGGAGCUUGUGGAACAAUUGGAUACUGCCCACCAGAAUUAGUUAAAACUUUCUUAUACAGUUUAAAGAGUGAUAUUUUCUCAGUUGGAGUUUGCUUAGCACUAAUAGAUAAUUUUGAAACUUUAGAACCUGUACUUUUAAAUAAAAGCCUUGAUUAUUAUAACGGUUUUUAAAUCCCCUUUGAAGCAAAAUAUGGUGAUUAAUAAGAAGUAGUUAAAAGAAAUACUAAAAUUUAUGAUAUUUUACUUUAAACUGUUGUUUUUAGAUAAGAUAAAAGAACAAAUUUAUCGCUUAUUUUAGAUGGUUUCUUAAAAAAAGGAAAUCAAUACUAUUCAAAAGUUAUAGAGCAAAUUUAACCAUUUUCCAUCUAUUCGAAGGUUCUUUCAUUGUGGUAUAAGUUAAAUAACAAAGGUUUAGAUGGGGUGAAAGCAGUUGCUUCCGAAAUAGCUAAAUGUACUAAUUUCUCCACUUUAAGCCUUUGGCUUGAUGACAACAACAUAGGUUCAGAUGGGGCGAAAGCAGUUGCUUCCGAAAUAGCUAAAUGUACUAAUCUCUCCACUUUAAGCCUCGAUUUCUACUCUAACAACAUAGGUUCAGAUGGGGCGAAAGCAGUUGCUUCCGAAAUAGCUAAAUGUACUAAUCUCUCCACUUUAACCCUUUCGCUCAACUCUAACAACAUAGGUUCAGAUGGGGCCAAAGCAGUUGCUUCCAAAAUAGCUAAAUGUACUAAUCUCUCCACUUUAAGCCUCUACCUCAGGUCUAUCAACAUAGGUUCAGAUGGGGCGAAAGCAGUUGCUUCCGAAAUAGCUAAAUGUACUAAUCUCUCCACUUUAACCCUUUCGCUCUACUCUAACAACAUAGGUUCAGAUGGGGCGAAAGCAGUUGCUUCCGAAAUAGCUAAAUGUACUAAUCUCUCCACUUUAAGCCUCGAUUUCUAUGAUAACAACAUAGGUUCAGAUGGGGCCAAAGCAGUUGCUUCCAAAAUAGCUAAAUGUACUAAUCUCUCCACUUUAAGCCUCUACCUCAGGUGGAAUAGUAUAGGUUCAGAUGGGGCGAAAGCAGUUGCUUCCGAAAUAGCUAAAUGUACUAAUCUCUCCACUUUAACCCUUUCGCUUGGGUAUAACAACAUAGGUUCAGAUGGGGCGAAAGCAUUUGCUUCCGAAAUAGCUAAAUGUACUAAUCUCUCCACUUUAACCCUUUCGCUCAAUGACAACAACAUAGGUUCAGAUGGGGCCAAAGCAGUUGCUUCCGAAAUAGCUAAAUGUACUAAUCUCUCCACUUUAACCCUUUGGCUCUACUCUAACAAGAUAGGUUCAGAUGGGGCGAAAGCAGUUGCUUCCGAAAUAGCUAAAUGUACUAAUCUCUCCACUUUAACCCUCAACCUCAAAUUAAAUAAUUUAGAUAGAAACAUUUCUUUAGAGAAUUACUUUAACAAAGAAAUUAACCUAGACAUAAAAAUAUGA